ACUGCUACACAGGGGCGCCGGUCCGCUCGGUUUACACUGACUGAAGUGGGGAUGUCUACAGUGAAGAAGAAGAAGCAGAGAAGAAGCAGAAGGGGGAGAGAGGUACCACUUUGUCACAGGCUGCUAUGUAGAUGAACCUUUAUUCAAUUAGUUGUUAUCCGGUCCUCUCUGUCUCAACGCGAGCCUUUAGUGUAUCCUUUUAGAGAUAAAACAUACAAGGAAACCCCCUAUGGAUGUGCCGCUGUGAGUGUUUCUAUCCGAUCGUCGUUUCCGUCAUCCUGAUAAUGAAGAAGAGGACUGUAUCUGAGAAAAAACUUGAGGAAUUGUGUGACCUCAUUUGAAGAAAUUGUUUUCUAGGUCGUUCGGUAACAGUCCCAACCUUCAAGGAAUUUACAUUCGGGCUACUUCUGUCUUCUUUUGUGAGGUGAUGUGAGUUACUACCUUGGAUGAAGAUUUACAGCAGGAUUGUAAAAUGUAUUAAUGCCGAGGUGGAACAGUACCUAUUUUUUUUGUUGUUGUUGACCUUUUCAAGAUGUGCUGGAUGUACCAAAUGUUUCACAACAAGGGGGGAUCUCUAUGGGUAAUUUUUUCCUGAAUCUCAUCGAUUUAACCAUGGUGAAACUUACCAAUCCUCUAUAUACAGAGUGGAUUCUAGAAGCGAUACAGAAAAUUAAAAGGCAAAAACAGAGGCCUUCCGAGGAGCGGAUUUGUCAUGCGGUGGCUACCUCACACAGAUUGGGCAAGCGGACUGUUCUGGAACAGUUGGAUUUAAGUGUUCAUGAUGGUUCCAUUCUCAAAGUCACCAAUAAGGGGAACGUGUCGUACAAAGACCCCGAGCACCCUGGGAGAGGAUUAUUAUCAUCAUCAUCAUCGUCGUCGUCGCUCAAACCUGUAAGUGCAAACCUCUCUAUUCCAUCGUCUAAAGGAUCUAUAUGGAAACCGAGUGACCUACGCCACGUUGAUUGGAAUAAAGUCCUGAGGAGGGCCAUCGAGGGUCUGGACGAUAGCCGUGGUUCCUCUCUGAAGAACAUCCAGAGGUACCUAAGGAACCAGGAUGAUCCAUCACACGUCCAGGACAACCCAGGGUUCCAGCAGAGGUUACGGCUGGCCGCUAAAUGGGCGGUCAAAAACGGCCGGCUGGCGAAGGAUGGUCCGCGCUACAGGUUGAACCAGGGGGUUAAUGGAGCUGAGGGUAGGAGCCAGAGUUGUCCAGGUGCUUCCCCAUUGGCUCUUCUGUGUGUCACUCUUCUUCCACAUGAGAGAGACCAGCUACGCGCUGACCCCAUCCCAAUAUGCAGUUUCUGUUUGGGAACGAAAGAGUCCAAUCGGGACAAGAGGUCUGAGGAGCUUCUGUCCUGUGCAGACUGUGGAAGCAGCGGGCAUCCGUCUUGUUUGAAGUUUUCCCCAGAGCUGACCACUAACGUCAAGAGAUUGCGAUGGCAAUGUAUAGAAUGUAAAACAUGUAGCUCCUGUCAAAUACAAGGCAGAAACGCUGGAAGCCACCACACAGCCCCACACAUGCCUCCUGUCUCCUUGCAGGAUGAGAUGCUGUUCUGUGACUCCUGUGAUCGGGGGUUUCACAUGGAGUGCUGUGACCCGCCUCUCUUAAGGAUGCCAACAGGUACCUGGGUCUGUCAGGUCUGCAGGCCCAAGGAAAAUGGAAAGACAUUUCUGCAUAUGAAAGCCGAUCAGAUCAAACGUCGAUAUGCAAAGCCAAUCGGGAGGCCCAGAAAUAAGCUCAAACAAAGAAUGUCUGUAAGCAGUGGUGCCGGCUCCGUGCUAGCCCGGGGAGGAAGGGGGUCACCUGGUAGGGGUCAAAAGCUUACCGUCUGUUCCACACCUUCAUCUGGUCAUGCAGCAUCUGUGAAGAACGCCACAGACAGAUUGGCUGUUGCUACAGCUGACCCCUGUUGGGCAGGUGACGCUGUCACCCCUCCUCCCCAAUUCACCACCUCCUCCUCCACCCUCUCCACCACUCCCCCCCUCACGCCCACCUCGUCCUCCUCGUCCUCCUCCUCCACCCCAGCAGCUAUACUCACCGUUAACAAGAAAACCAAAGGGCUUAUCGACGGGCUUUCCAAAUUCUUUACACCCUCGCCUGUCGGUCGUAGGUCGUCGCGAGCCGGCGAGAUCUUAGACCCCUCAGCCUCGAAAGGGUCACAGUCUUGUUGUCCUGCUAGGAAAAAGCCUGUCCCCCCGCCAGAACUAUGGAAACUAAGUCCAUCUCCGUCAGUUGUUGUUGGCAUGGCUGCAAAGCUAACCACCACCACCCUAUCUCCCUGUACACUCCCCCUCUCUCCCCCACCCAUGUUGCCUGGACAGGGUUCCACCACCUCCCAGGUAUUCUCCACCUCUGCUAACUCCCCCCAGAGUUCUUCCAGCCAGUCUAGCGUCCCCUCCCUUACUAUUUUGUCUGAUCACAACCAGCUUAAGGGACUCUUUGACGGACUCUCCCAUAUCUAUACCACUCAGGGACAGUCUCGGAAAAAGGGACUGCCUUGCUAUGCACCACCUAAGCGCAGGCACCAUAAGGAAUCCAAAACGUGUCCUCUCAUUCCCCAUCCUUCCCAGCAGCACCUUGGAAAGAAAGAGAGAAUAAAGAAUCGGUUGCUUUUGUUGUCCCAUUCAUCUCCUAACGCCUCUUCCCAUCCUGGGCACGGCCGGCCAAGGGGGCGCCCCUUUAAGUUGGUCAGUCAUUUCAGACGUAACCCCUUUUUUAAAAAGCGCAGAAUGCUAGGCAGGCUAAGAUGUAGAAUGACCCCUCAGAAGGGAACCCAGGAAAUGACCCCUCAGAAGGGAACCCAGGAAACACCAGGAAAGGGAGACAUGACAGACGAAGGAAGAAUUAAGACAGAGCACCAUCAUGGCAGUGAAGUGGGGCUGAGGGUGAAGCAGGAACCUGGUUUUGUAGCCGUCUCCAGGGAACACGUCACAGAGGAAGACGUGGAGAUAUUCACACAGGUCCAAGAGCUCUCGUCGCAGAGAAAUGGUACCAUGACCAUCACUGACUCGGGACGAUUCCCUGCCUUCAUAGAGUUCGGGAAGUAUUGUAUCCAAACCUGGUACUCUUCUCCUUACCCACCUGAAUACUCGAGAUUGCAAAAGCUUUACCUGUGUGAGUUCUGUCUGAAGUACAUGAGAAGCAAAAACAUCCUACAGCGACACACCAAGAAGUGUGGCUGCUUUCACCCUCCGGCCAAUGAGAUUUACAGGAAGGACGACCUUUCAGUGUUCGAGGUUGAUGGAAAUGUCAGCAAGCUCUUCUGCCAAAACCUCUGCCUGUUAGCCAAGCUGUUCCUCGAUCACAAGACCCUAUAUUACGACGUGGAACCUUUCCUUUUUUACAUACUAACAAAGAACGACGACAAAGGAUGUCACCUUGUGGGUUAUUUCUCCAAGGAAAAGCUUUGCCAGCAGAAGUACAAUGUCUCCUGUAUAAUGAUCAUGCCUCAGUACCAAAGGCAAGGCUUUGGAAGGUUCCUCAUUGAUUUCAGUUACCUUCUCACGAGGCAGGAAGGACAAGCUGGCUCCCCAGAGAAGCCUCUGUCAGAUCUGGGUCGCUUAUCCUACCUGGCAUAUUGGAAAAGUGUCAUGGUGGAGUACCUCUAUAAGCAGCCAGAUAAACACAUCAACAUUAAAGGAAUAAGCAAGGCCACUGGGAUGUGCCCACAUGACAUUACUGCUACUCUCCAAAACCUCCGCAUGAUUGACAGACAGGACGGCAGGUUUGUGGUGAUCCGAAGAGAGCGAUUGAUCCAGAGACACAUGGAGAAGCUGCGAGUCACCCCCAGGCUGAACCAGGUCGACCCUGACGCCCUGCACUGGACCCCCGCUGUGGCCCUCAACUCUGUCCUGUCUGAGGAGGAGAGAGAGGCUGAGAUGGAUGCUGAGCGACUUAAGGAGCAGGCUAGUUGUUGGGAGAAGGAGGAGAGAGAGGUGGUCUACCUGAUGACUCACCCUCGUCCUCCCACUAAGGUCUACAGUAAGAAGCCCUACAGAACCUACCAGCGUCGCGCCGCCACCGGAGAACAAGGCUUGCGCGUCUCUGAGGAGUGCAGUGAGGACGAUGAGGAUGGUUUUGAUUGGUCGCUACCCAUCCUAGCAAAGGCCCACACCGUACUUGGAGUCAAGAGAAAGAGAGAUGAGAGAGCUCUGGUCCUCAAGAAGAGAGGUCAGGAGAGGAGAGGGAUAAGUAGCAGUGUGACAACUGAGACCAUCUCGGAGACGACGGAGGUUCUGAAGGAACCGUUUGCCAACUCGUCGGAUGAGAGGCCCCUGUUGGAGAGGACCUGCAGGGUGGGAGAGACGGAGGAGGAGCUGCUUAGGAAACCAGUAAAGAGACGCAGAGGUCGUCCACGGCUAGAGAAAAACAGAGACAAUCACUGGAACGAAGGGGCCGGUGUGCUAGUGAAGAAACCGGGCAGACCUCGAACAGUAAAGCGCAAGAAGGGCUGGCCCAAAGGAGUGAAACGGGGGCCUCCAAAAUGGCGUCUGAAGAAGGAGAGGAAGAUGGGAUUCAAGCUGAACCUGUACACACCCCCGGAGACGCCGCUGGAGGCCGAGGAGCCCCACAUCCAGGCCGAAGAGCCAAAGGAGGAGCUGGACCAGGCCUCUCCCAUCACGGAGGCAGGGUUAGAGCCCGGCAGAGGCCUGGCCAGCCGGGAGAUGAACAAGAAGCUAGCCCUGGAGCCUUCAGAGCCCCAAAGUCCCAUGGAGGAUGAGCACUCCCCUGGGUUGUCUCCUGUGACUUCUCCCAUGGCCUGCUCUCUGGUAGCCUCCCCUAUAGCCUCUAGAGCUAGCUCCCCCGCCUGCUCCCCCGCCUACUCCCCCGUCUGCUCCCCCGCCUGCUCCCCCAGUCGUGACAACAGUCAGGAGGUGUCAGAGCCACCUGAGGAUGACCCACAGGACAAGGAGCACGGGGCCUCUCCAUUCCCCUCUCUGUCUCCACCCAAAGAGCUGAAACACAGCACUGAACAAUCAGCUGAGGAGGAAGAGGCCACGCACCUGGAUGCGGACGAUGAAGACGAAAGUCACAUUGAGUCGACAACAGAGCUAGAGAAACACGGAGACGUGCAGCAGCUGGAGCCAGGACCUUGUAAAGAGCCUCCUAAAGCCCAGUCCUACAUCACAGCGGCUUUUCUCCAUCUGAACCGUGAGGAUUCUGAACAAUGUCAGGAGGAGGAGUCCAUAGUCGUGGCUUAUAGGUGCGAGCAGCCUGCCAACACCGGAGAAGAGAGAAGCAAACAUAUCCAGGAACAGGCACCUACAACAUCCGCAGCAGUAGCUGUUGUCUCUGACCACCCUGUUGACUCAGAGAGCAGCAGUCAGGAGGCUCCUCACCAGCCACAGCAGACACAGAACGCUAGAGAGACGCUUGGAGCGCUGAGUCCUGCUGUCGUACUAAGAGACAGAGAGGAGAACAGAGAGGAGAUGGAUCCCCCGGUGUACCCUGAGCCUGAUGUGGACCAGGAGACGGCCCAGGCCGUACAGAGCCUCACCCAGGAGACGGAGCGCGACCCAGAGACAGAUAGCGUCAGCUCUGUGUUCCACCAGGACUGUGUGGAGAGAGAGACCCAGGAGGCAUGCCGGAGCCUGCAGACUUACACCCACCACAUGACCCCCCAGAGUCCCCCUCACACCCUAACUUCGCUGGACGAAGGCUGCCCCCAGUCUGACCACAGCAGCCCCCUGUCCUCGGCCCACUCACACCCCAGCCAGUCAGUGCGCUCCGUCAGCAGUCCGACUGUGUCCAUCCUGGAGAGUAGUGGAGGCAGUGUUCCGGCUGUGUCCAUCCUGGAGAGUAGUGGAGGCAGCCUUCCGGCUGUGUCCAUCCUGGAGAGUAGUGGAGGCAGCCUUCCGGCUGUGUCCAUCCUGGAGAGUAGUGGAGGCAGCCUUCCGGCUGUGUCCAUCCUGGAGAGUAGUGGAGGCAGCCUUCCGGCUGUGUCCAUCCUGGAGAGUAGUGGAGGCAGCCUUCCGGCUGUGUCCAUCCUGGAGAGUAGUGGAGGCAGUGUUCCGGCUGUGUCCAUCCUGGAGAGUAGUGGAGGCUACACCCAGAUUAGCCCAGACCACGCCUCCAUCUCUGUCCCCUCCUCCCUCCACAACAUGGCAGCCAGCCCCAUGAUGGAUGUGCCGUCAGUGUCAGACCACUCGUCCCAGCAGGUGGUGGACAGCGGCUUCAGUGACCUGGGCUCCAUCGAGAGCACCACAGAGAACUACGAGAACCCCAGCUCCUAUGACUCCACUCUGGGGGGCAGCAUCUGCGGUGGGGCCGGGGGUCCCUCUCAGAACAGCUGCUCCUACGGGCCCCUCCCCCCUAGCGGCCUGGCGCAGAGCAGCUGUGCCGUCAACCCUGGCAGCUGUGGUAUGAUUCAGCAGAAUAACCUGAGCUCCCCGCAGCACUGCAACGUCAAGUCACCACAGGGCUGUGUGGGAGUGGUGGAGAGACCACCGAGUCACAGCCAACACAAUCACAGCCAACACAGUCACAGUCAUACAAUCCCACACAACCCCUAUGGCCAUACUAGGCACACAAUCACUCCACACAGUCUGCCUCACGGUGCGCCACACAAUCAACACAGCCAGCUAACGCAACACAACCCAUACACACACCCUGCACACAGCCAGCUACAUAGUGUACGACACAAUCAGCUCAGCCAGCACGGUCAACACACCCUUCACACUCAACACGGCACCAGCCAGCACAGCCACUGUCAACAGCAGACCAUGGCACAGUGUGUCAUUCCCACCAACUUCACAGUGCCCAUGCAGCUAGCUGACAACCCAGAUUCAGGCAGCUCCAACCUGAGCAGCUUCUACGACAGGAUGAACCAGGAGGGCUAUAGCAGCGGUCAUUACUCCCAGCCCUCGGCCACCUUCAGCCUAGCCAAAUUACAACAGUUGACCAACACCCUGAUCGACCACCCUCAUUCGCUGCCUUUCAACCACCCUCAUUCAGCCUCCCAUCCCCACUCAGCCCCCCACCCCCAUCCCCACUCAGCCUCCCACCCCCACUCAGCCUCCCACUCCCACUCAGCCUCCCACUCCCACUCAGCCUCCCACCCCCACUCAGCUUCCCACCUCCACUCAGCCUCCCACCUCCACUCAGCCUCCCACCUCCACUCAGCCUCCCACCCCCACUCAGCCUCCCACCCCCACUCAGCCUCCCACCUCCACUCAGCCUCCCACCUCCACUCAGCCUCCCACCCCCACUCAGCCUCCCACCCCCACUCAGCCUCCCACCCCCACUCAGCCUCCCACCCCCACACCAUCACAUCCUAUACAAACAGUGCCUCCCUGUCAUCGCACUCUCAGCACUCUGGCCUGGUGUCUCUAUCCCAGUCCCCACAUCCCCAUGUUCCCCAUGGGGUCACUCCUCACCCUGGGGCCUCCCAGGUCCAAGUACAGGCCACCAUGACACCCCCUCCGCCCUCCUCCCACCCCCUUAGCUCCCCUCAGAUGAUGCUGCAACGCAACGCCAUGGGUAUCCCCAACAUCACCCCCUCCCAGAGGACUCUACAGGCUCAGAUGGCCUCCGGGGGACACAAGGGCCCCACACACAUCUCCAUGCGCUCCAAGUCAGCGGCCCCUGGUCACUCCGCCCACCAGCAGCAGAUGUACAGCCAUGCCCACGGGGCCCCCCAGACAGUCUCCAUGCAGGCCCCCUCAUCCCGGGCACUUGCUGCCAUGCCCAGGGGCAUAAACUUGGGCACGGUCAACAUCAUGCCAGCCUCCUACAACCACGCUGUGAACAUGCCCACUGCCGCCGCCAUCAACCACGCCAUGAAUGGCUAUCGCGUCAACGGUGGUUACCCCGGCAGCCAGAUGUCGAGUCAACAGAUGGCUGCAGCCUACAUGAACCAGUCGCCCGGGUCCCAGUACGCCUCUAUGCAGAUGGGCAUGAUGGGAACCCAACCAUACCCCCAACAACCCAUGCAGGCUCCGCCCCACGGCAACAUGAGGUUCUCUUCAGCUGGUCACCAUGGAUACAUGACCAACGCCGGACCUAUGUCCAAGCAGACACUGAAAGGGCCUUUCGUCAGACGGUAACCCACGGUUACUAACAUAACAGUUAACUAACAGUUAACGAAACGAUAACUACCGACAGACUGAAUCAAUCUGACUGGAUGUUUAAAUCACACAAAUGUGCAUUAUUAAUUAUUAUUACUAUUAGUCCCUGAUGCACACAUUUGCCCUUUUUGGUUGUUGAUAAUGUUUGUUUGUUGUAAUUUUAUUAAUAGUUACUUAAAAACCAGCACUUGGAAAGAAUGCAUCAAGUUUGAUCAACAAGCAAACUUUCUACAAAAAGCUACUAUCUAUCUAUGUCAAAGUAUUUUUGUUCCUAACAGAUGGGAAGCCUUACGUCAUAAAAGAUGAACAUUUAUUUAAUUAGUAUUAGUUUCCCUGAUCAGUCCGUAGGGCAGGCAGGGUAGGGGGCCGGAGGGGAGACGGGCGAGAGAUUUCAUCACCUGGAGGGAGAGCGUGAGUGUAGUUAUGUAGCAGCCUCAAAACGAAGCCAUCUAAUGUGCCUGCUACAAACAGACUUAAACAAGUGGAUAUUCCUAGAACCUGUUCAGUGUACCUGUCUAACAGUGCUGACAAUUAGUUUGUACUAUACUCAUACCUUUGUAUAUUUAAAUUAUUGUAGUUAUUUUGUAAAGUGACAAUUAGCAUGCAUCGGUCUUCGGUCUCCAUUAGUAACAGUGUUGUGCUUUAAUAGCAAGACAUUUUAAAGACAUUUUGGCCUUUUGUUAGGUUCACCUCGCUUACAAAGCGGGGGAGAAAGAUGAAACUAUAUUUUGUUAAUUCUAAUAAUACUGUAAAAAAAAAAAAAGGUGUCAACUUCUUUAAUCCUGUUGUUCUGUAACGGUUGAGAGGUUUUAUUACCAUGUAUGUAUACUUCUGAAGCCUUUUCUAACAGAUCUUUGAGGCAGCGUUCUGUUUUAUAACACAGGAGACUUCUGGCAAGAUAAAUAAGCAUAUUGCACCCCUCACUCUGAUCUUGUUUUUAAAUUUCAGAGGUGUACCAAUGUCGAAAAGUGUUGAAAAAUGAUUAUAAUAAAGAAAUAUAAAUUUAGUCCAAAGUUUAUAUUUUACAAUUUCUUUAAAAAAAAGUUACAUUUUCAUUCCAUCUGUAGAUUUGUUUUCUAUCUUGAUAAAAUGUUGGAUUUAUAUUUUGUGUAGGAGAAGAGAGGAUGUAAAUAUACCAAACUAAGCUAACAGAUUGCAUGUAAAAAGCCACUUGUACUUGUGUUUUUGUUAAUAUUGCUCUUUUGUAGCCUUUGUACCUGUACAGAAUGGCUGGUAGGGACAGUCACAGGGGGAGACCUGGCUAUGUGCACAAACAAUUGGACAGAAUGACAGUCUUGUAUUUAUGACUUUUCUCCAUUGGCAGUCACUUAUAAAAGCUGUACAUUGUAGCAUAAAAUAAAUGAUGAUUGACCAUG